AUGACUGGCCGGCCUACCGGAACUUCAGAUAGGUUCUGUAUGACACCUUUGCCAAUACCUUUCGAAGAAGAGCAAUUCCAUCGAGAUCCUGCUGCCAGACUCUUAGCAGAUUCGGAGUUUCGUGCUGAGUAUAUGCGGGACUUUACAUUCUUCGGAUGCACCCCUGCGAACUCGCCUCCAAAUACCGACAAAAUUGGCGGCCGAAGGCCUGGCUCCAAACUUCAAGAUAUUAUCCCUAAUACUUCUCGGUAUUUUCUCUAUUUUGUCGAGCUGACCAAGAUCAUGCGUCAAGCAGUUGAUUCCUUGAUCAUCAAGGAUCAGGCCAUUUUAACAGGCGGAGGUGGAGCCUUGCCGUCAGACUUCAUAGUGUGA